CUUUCUUGAUUUAAAACUCUUCUGAGUCAUCCAUCACCAUCACUAUCAUCUUCAAUCUCUUCACAUUUCUUGAUUUCAAUCAAUCGAUCCUCUCUCUCAUCUGUCAACUCUACUCGCUUUCGAUUUGAAUCAUCAUCAAAUGGCACCUACUACCUUUCAUACCUCUCACUCAUCCGAUUCAACUCUACUCAAGUCUCAAACUAAAAAACAAAUCACUCGUCAUCCAACUACUGUUCCUUUACCUCCUUCACCUCCUGCAACCGAAACAUUAAACUUAGAUGAUGGUUUACCAGAACCGAUUGAAAUGAACUCAAGAACUCGUCGAUCUAAAGACGCGUCAAACCAACCCAUCACUAAACCCUAUUCUCAACCUCGUAGAAAUUCAAAACUUACUAAUAAACGAACUCGUCAAGAUGAAUUAGAUUCUCGGUCAAUCGAACCAGCUAGUCCGAUCUCUUCACCUCUUAAUAGUCCUACCAAUCGAAAAUCUUUUCAUCCUCAUAAACGUACUAAGAUUGAGAAACCUAAAACAUCUAAAACGAGUUCAACCCCAGUGGAUGAAGAAUCGAUUGUUGAAUCAUCUACUGGGUUUAGAGAUAGUCCUAGGAAUCCGUUCUUGGUAAAAGAAGGUGAAUCGGUUCGUCAAGCUGGUCAAUUUCAUGAUGAGAAAUCACGUAAAUUGGUUUAUGUCUUUCGUGGUAAACGAAUCCAAUAUGAUCCAGGAGAAGAUCUACACAACACAGGAGAUUCACCCUUUACCCUGUCAGCCCCUAAACUAUUAUUUCCCACAAGUUCUGUACCACCUUCACCACCACCUAAACUUGAAUUCGAAACCGAUCCAAGCGAAUCACUCAAGUCUAUGAUUGAUCCAUUCCAAACACCUAAAAAGAAUAAGAAACCUAAUGAUCAUCAUGAGGAUGGAUCGUCCAAUGAAGUGACGGUGGGAUUACCUACUCCUCAACAAACUCGUCAGAAACGUCUUUGUUAUGAUCUUUUGGGUGGUAGUAAUCAAGUCGAAGUUAAUGGAUCUAAGGGAAAACAAACGAUUUCAAAAGGAAUGCGUUAA